AUGAAGCAGACUUUGCAAGAAGGCCUAAACUUCCUCUCAAAGAAUGUGGUGAAUAUCGUAAUUUUGGUAAUGUCUAUAAGUUAUGUUGUCCUAUUUGUAAGGAAAAAUAAAAAUGGAAAAGAAAAAGCAGAUGAUCUGUUUGAACUUUAUAUGAAGGCGAAUGAGAAUGAAGAGUUGAAAGAGGAAGGGGAGAAUGGAGGAUCCAUGCAGAAGGCGUUCUUGGAUGAAAAUAGCAAAGCGUUGAAGCUGAGCAAAAUUGUAAAGCUUACGAACACAGUAAGGAUUUUCAUUUUUUCCUACCCGUGGGAAUAUAGCAAUUUCGGGUUAGGUAUAUGUAAACAUAUAAAAUUUAACGGCCCCAAUCAGCAGGGGAAAAUAAAAGGAAAAUGGAAUGAUAGGGAUGACAGAGAAAAGGAUGCGAAAGAAAUUUUCCGAAGUUACACUCCUAUUUAUGUAGAUAAAAAGAAGAAGGAGGUUCACUUUGUCAUUCGAAUAUACCACCCAGAUCGAAAGUUUGUUGAUGGUGGUAAAAUGAGUGUCCAUUUGGAAAAAAUGCGAAACAAUGAGAUGGUUAAAAUUGCGGGUCCCUUUGGGGUUUUAGAUUAUAAGGGGAGUAACAAAUUUACUUACUUGUCCAAGGUUGUGCAGAUUAAGAGGCACAUCGUUAUGAUUGCCGGGGGAACCGGCAUGGCUCCCUUUUUUCGGCUCAUAAAGCACAUGCUCCUCUUUGACGAUAGGGAGGGUGAGCACCCAUUCGUGACACUCAUCUACGCAAACAGGAACGAGGAGGAAAUUCUACUAAAGGAGGUUUUUGACGAAUACGAGCGAACAUUCGAACGGUUCAAAGCAGUGUACAGCAUAGACGAGUGUCUGGACCCCGCCAAGAGGGACACGUUCGAAAAUGUAGGAUACCUAACGGAAAAUCUUUUGCGCAAGUACAUUCUCAAGUAUCAUAAGCUAGACAUCGAAGUUGAAAACAGCGACACACUCAUUUUGAUGUGCGGCCCUCCCCCCAUGACAGCUUUCCUUAAGAAGGUUCUGAAGGAGGACAUUAAAAUGGAAAAUGUCAUAACGAUUUAG